AUGAGAAUCAAUACCCUUAUACUAUCUGCUGCUUUGGCUGCCGCAGCACCAGCUUCAAUUGAAGAUUCUGAAUUAUCUGCUGUUAUUGAGUCAGCCCAAACUACCACUGCAUCGAAUACUGCUUUGGGUGAUGGUGUGAACACAGCUGCCUUACAAAAUACAAAUACAGCAACUGAGAUAGCUACAGGAGCUGCUACAGGAACAGCUACUGCAGCAGGUACAUCAACAACAGCAGGUUUACUCGGUGGAUUGGUUGAUGGGUUAUUCGGUAGUCAGUCAAGUGGAACGAGCCAAACUCAAGCUAUCAAUUCUCAACUAACUUUGUUAGCCUCUGGAUCAUCAACUGGUCAAACUUCUACCGCAACUGGUAAUGAUUUGCUCGGAGAUCUUUUCGGUUCAGGAUCAACUACUGGUAGAGGUUCUAGUCAAGCUCUUACCAAUGCUACACCCACUGGUUCAUCUACAGCAUCAACAGAAGGUUUUCUUGAUGGGUUGUUGGGUGGACUCUUUGGAGGAGAUUCGGCCACUACUGGCACUACCAUUACAAGUACUACAAGCGGUGAGUCUAAUUCAACAGGGAGCGAUUCAUUAGAUGACUUGUUUGAUGAUUUCUUUGGCUCAAGCUCUGGAAACACAACCACUACAUCACAGACCUCAACAUCAACCGGAGGAUCUCUACUCGGUGAUAUAUUCGAUGAUUUAUUUGGUGGUAGUUCAGAUUCCAACUCAACUGGCACAUCAUCAUCAUCAGCAACAUCAUCAACUACCAGCACUGGCUCAUUUAUCGAUGAUAUACUUGACGCCCUCUUUGGUGAUUCCAACUCUACAAGCUCAUCAAGAUCAUCAUCAUCUACAGGAUCUACCUCAGGAAGUGGAGACUUGAUUACAGAUCUUUUAGGACUUGGAGAAGAAAUCUUUGACGACUUAUUUGAUGGGAACUCCACAUUGUUUUCGGGAGAGAGUAUUAUUGGCUCAUUGUUGGGUUUUGCCGGUGAAAUCUUUGAUGAUUUAUUUGACAGCAAUUCCUCAUCUUCAUCAAGUGGAUCAUCAGGUUCAUUCUUCAGCACCUUGUUGAGUUCAUUAUUUGGCGGUUCAUCAAGUUCAUCCAGCAGUACUGGCUCAUCCUUUAGUUUUUCAGAUCUUGUUUCCGACGUUUUUACUACGUUAUUCAGUUCAAUCUUUGGUGGUUCAAAUGGAGCAAGUAAAGAUCAAUGUACGGUAAAGAGAUCCUUAAAAAGAAGUUUGUCUGAACAAAAAGAGAUCAAGAAACUUGUGAGAAAGAGUGUCAAUAGAGUCAUUGCAAGAAGAAAAGCUGAAUUUGCACAAAAGGCAAAGAGAGCAGAGACUUUAUCUGACUUGCCUUAUGUUAACCUCACGUAA